AUGUUCGAUCCUUCCUUGAGCCCUCAUCGUCUGAGCACUCAAUUCAAGCUCCGAAAAAGAGCUGAAAUCUCGGCAAAAGCCAGCUUCAUUUUUGAGACAAUAUUCAUGGUCAUCACCAUCAUCUGCUAUGUCAAAGUCAUCCAUCUGAUCCAGGAUACUGACGUCGAGAAUCAAUUUAUUCAGGGCAACGGAACAGAUGUGGUCCUCAUGUUUCCGGAUCCAGCACUCGAUCGUCGUAUCUCGGAACUUCGAGAGGAUUACUUUGUCUACGGAGCAGAUGUGAUUGUCAGAAGUUUCUUUUGGAUGGUCAACAUCAAAAUCAUCGCUCUCACCGUUCAUCGAUUCGAUUCUCUCGCUGCCCGCCUUUCACGAACCAUGACUUUUGUACGUGUUGUAUCCGGAUUGUUUGCUUCGGGAAUGCUCAUGAGAAGCAAGGUGCUCAUGGAUUCUUCAAGCUUAAUUGUCUACGAUGCAUCUUCUCAUUUCGUCUUCCAUCUGGUUUAUACUCUCGUUGCCAUCCUGCUUCACUACGACUUCGUGUACUCGUUGGAGAAAUGCUGGCACUACAAUCGUCAGGAGCAGCUCGAGAUGUUGGCUCUUUACGAAGAAGGCCUUGACGAUAAUUGA